UGGAUGGAGGUCUGCUUGAAAGAAGAGCUGCCUCCGACUACAGAGCUUGAGGAGGGCUUAAGAAACGGUGUUUACCUUGCCAAGCUUGCAAAAUUCUUUGCUCCUAACGUGGUGUCCGACAAAAAGAUCUAUGAUGUGGAGCAGGCACGCUAUAAGAGAUCUGGGCUUCAUUUUCGGCACACUGACAACACUGUGCAGUGGUUAAGAGCAAUGGAGUCCAUUGGUCUGCCUAAGAUCUUUUAUCCAGAGACUACAGAUGUCUAUGAUAGGAAAAACAUCCCUAAGAUGAUCUAUUGCAUUCACGCUCUAAGUUUAUAUCUGUUCAAACUAGGAUUAGCACCACAGAUCCAGGACCUACUGGGAAAAGUAGACUUCACAGAGGAAGAAAUCAGCAACAUGCGAAAGGAGCUAGAGAAGUAUGGUAUACAGAUGCCAUCUUUUAGUAAAAUUGGUGGGAUUCUUGCCAGUGAAUUAUCAGUGGACGAAGCUGCAUUGCAUGCAGCAGUAAUAGCAAUUAACGAAGCUAUUGAGAGGGGAAUAGCUGAGCAAACCAUUGCAACUCUGAGGAAUCCAAAUGCAAUGUUGCUAAAUGUGGAUGAAGAACUUGCACAGGACUAUCAGAAUGAACUCUCUGAAGCUAAAAGGAGAAAAGAAUCAAAUGCAAGACUUAAGAACGGCACAAUUUCUGAGGAGGAGAGAGAUGUCUACGAGGAGCUGCUGACACAAUCUGAGAUUCAAGGCAAUAUCAAUAAGAUAAACAAACUUAUAGCAGUUGACAAUAUCAAUGCUGCAAUUCGUAACUGUGAUCCUAGUGUAACACUGGUUGCACUGAUGAAACCGGAGGCACAGCUGCCUGUUGUUCACUCAUUUGCUGCUGCUGUCUAUCAGACUGAGCUGUUCAACCUCCAACAACAGAAUGCUGUGAACUACCUGGCAUAUGAUGAACUGUCUAUUGCAGUAGAAAUGUUGUCAGCUGUUGUGUUGCUAAACCAGGCCUUGGAAAAUAACGACAUCCUAAUGAUACAGAAUCAUCUCAGAAACCCAUGCAUUGGCUUCAAUAAUCUGGAAGAGGAAAACUUUCAACGUUAUGCUGAUACACUAUUGUCUAUUAAGUCAGAGGCUUCAUCUCAAGGCCAAGAUUAUUUAAGCUGGAAUGAUAUCCAGAACUGCAUUGACAUGGUUAAUAUGCAAAUUCAAGAAGAAAAUGAAAGAAUUCUUGCAAUUGGCCACAUUAAUGAAGCAAUUGACCAGGGAAAUCCUGAGAAAACUCUAGAAACCCUUCUGUUGCCCACAGCCAAGCUGCAAGAUGUGAGACCAGUAAAUGCAAGGCACUAUCAGGAUGUCCUGUACCACACCAAAGCACAGAAAUGCAAGGAAUCCCAAGAUGAUUCAGCACUUCUGUGGCUGGAUGAAAUACAAAAAGGAAUCAGUGAUGCCAAUAGCAAUAUAAAAGAAGCAGAAUUCUUGGCUGUUGGAACAUCAAUAAUUAACAAGAGCUUGGAGAAGGGCAAUUCACAGCCAAUCUUGAUGAUACUGCAGUCCAAAUUUGGAUUACGAGUUGUUCCAGAGUGUGCUGAAACCUACUUUAGGAACCUCUCAGAAGCCAAGAAGCUGAAAACUAGAGAAGAUUCUAAUGAAAGUCCAUGGAUUAAACUUGUAAUGAAAAACAUAUACAAUUACUAUUACAAUGUGGAAACCGAGGAAGGUGCCUGUGUUGCCCCUGCAGGAGUUGUACCAAAAUCAUCAUGGUUAACUGGUGAAGAAAUCCAGAGCAUUGUUGGGCAAGUUACAGCAGAUUACAAUCGAGAGCAGCUGUGGCUUGCUAAUGAAAACCUGAUUGUUCAGCUGCAAGCCCAAGCAAGGGGAUUCUUAAUCAGAAAAAAUUAUCAGGAGAGAAAAGCAUACCUCAGAAACCAGGAACCAUCUGCCAUCAAAAUACAGGCUUUCUGGAAAGGAUUCAAGCAAAGGAAAAGCUAUGUUGACAGAUUAAAGGUGUUUCAAGGCAACGUUGCUGCUAUUGUUAAGAUUCAAUCAUGGGUCAAAACGUGGCUAGCAAAGAGAGCUUACAGGAAACGGCUGCAAUACUUCAAGGAUCACAACGAUGAAAUUGUGAAGAUACAAGCAUUUCUCAGAGCAAACAAAGCCAGGGAGGACUACAGAACACUAAUUGGUGCUGAAAAUCCACCCUUGACUGUCCUGCGCAAAUUUGCCUACCUCUUGGACCAAAGUGACUUAGACUUUCAAGAAGAACUGGAAGUAACAAGGUUAAGGGAAGAAGUGGUUACAAAAAUUCGAUCAAAUCAACAGCUGGAGAAGGACUUGAACUUAAUGGAUAUAAAGAUUGGACUGCUGGUGAAAAACAGAAUCACUCUUCAGGAUGUGGUACUACACAAUAAGAAACUGAACAAAAAGAGCAAAAGCCAGCUGGAAGAGAUGGUUAUGGUUGACAAACAGGGUAUCAAAGGUUUGAGUAAAGAGAGGAGAAAAAAACUAGAGGCUUAUCAACAUUUAUUCUACCUUUUACAGACUAAUCCCACGUAUCUGGCAAAGCUGAUUUUCCAGAUGCCACAAAAUAAAUCAACCAAGUUUAUGGAUACGGUCAUCUUUACUCUAUAUAACUAUGCCUCCAAUCAACGAGAAGAAUAUCUGCUUCUCAAACUCUUCAAAACUGCUCUAGAAGAAGAGAUAAACUCUAAGGUAGACCAGAUACAGGAUAUCGUUACUGGAAACCCCACCGUCAUUAAGAUGGUUGUCAGCUUCAAUCGAGGUGCACGUGGACAGAACACCCUGCGCCAGCUCCUGGCCCCAGUAGUGAAGGAGAUCAUGGAGGACAAGACCCUCAUAAUCAACACUAGUCCUGUCGAUGUGUACAAGUCGUGGGUAAAUCAGCUAGAAAUGCAGACUGGUGAGGCCAGCAAAUUGCCGUACGAUGUAACCACAGAACAAGCGCUAACACACACAGAAGUGGUCAAUAAACUGGAAUCAUCGAUUCAGAGUCUGCGAGCAGUAACUGACAAAGUUCUCGCAUCCAUAUUCUCUUCUCUCAAUAUGAUGCCUUAUGGAAUGAGAUAUAUAGCCAAAGUUCUGAAGAGCUCUCUCCAUGAGAAAUUCCCAGAUGCAACAGAAGAGGAACUAUUAAAGAUUGUUGGCAACCUCCUGUACUAUCGCUACAUGAACCCUGCCAUUGUUGCUCCUGAUGGCUUUGAUAUAAUUGAUAUGACAGCGGGCGGCCAGAUACACCCUGACCAGAGGAGGAACCUAGGCUGUGUGGCAAAAGUCCUUCAGCACGCUGCUUCUAACAAACUCUUUGAAGGCGAGAGCGAACAUCUGUCAUCUAUGAACGCUUACCUCUCACAGACAUACCAGAAGUUCAGGAAUUUUUUUCAAGCAGCGUGUGAUGUUCCUGAACCAGAGGAGAAAUUUAAUAUUGAUGAAUACUCUGACAUGGUGACCCUUAGCAAACCUGUCAUAUAUAUCUCCAUUGAAGAAAUCAUCAAUACCCAUUCACUACUGUUAGAACACCAGGAUGCCAUUGCCACCGAGCCAAAUGACCUACUGAAUGAAUUGCUGGAAGGACUGGGACCCGUUCCUGAUGUAGAGUCUUUCCUUGGGGAAGGAGCUGUUGAUCCCAAUGACCCCAACAGGGAAAGCACACUGAAUCAACUUGCAAAAACGGAGAUUUCGCUGUCUCUAACCAGCAAGUAUGAGUUACGAGAAGGUGAAGAUCAGGAUCUCAAAAGCCUGAUGAUAAAGACCAAAAGACUUAUUGUGGAUGUGAUACGAACACAACCAGGGGAUACACUCUUAGAAAUAUUAGAAACACCACCCACCGCACAACAGGAAUCUGAGCACUUGAAACUUGUAGAAAAACGUGCUAUCUUAGAUUCCAAAACUCCAGAGAAAAUGAAGAACAGUCAGUCUAUUGUUGAAGAUGGGCAGCUACCAAUAGAACAAAAGAAAAGGAAAAUUCAGAGAAAUCUCCGGACAUUGGAGCAAGCAGGACUAGUGUCUUCAGCAACUAAGUACCAAGAAAUUAUAAAUGAGAUCGCUAAGGAUAUCCGGAAUCAAAGAAGAUACAGACAUCAUCGAAAAGCGGAAUUGGUGAAACUCCAGCAGACUUUGAAUGCACUUAACUCCAAGACAGCGUUUUAUGAAGAACAAAUUAAUUAUUACAACACCUAUAUAAAAACUUGCUUAGACAACUUAACAAGAAAAAAUUCACGGAGGUCAAUUAAACUAGAUGGAAAAGAGGAGGUGAAGGGAAGCAAAAAACUGAAGCAGUCCUCAUUAAAGUACACAGCUGCAAGACUGCAUGAAAAAGGUGUCAUCCUUGAAAUUGAAGAUCUUCAAACCAACCAGUUUAAGAACGUGAUGUUUGAUAUUACACCUGGAGAAGAAGUGGGUGACUUUGAAAUCAGAGCAAAAUUUUUGGGGGUUGAAAUGGAAAAAGUGCAGCUUCAUUUCCAGGAUUUGCUUCAGAUGCAGUACGAAGGUGUGGCUGUAAUGAAAAUGUUUGAUAAAGCUAAAGUGAAUGUGAAUUUGCUCAUCUUCUUGUUGAAUAAGAAGUUCUAUGGAAAAUGAGUGUCUUCAGAUGUCAUGGACUAUAUCCAACAGUGGGAAGUCUAUUCAGUAUUCAUUUCUCCUAAAUAUUUGUUUUCAUUUUAUCAUUGGAUGCUUUUUAACUUAAAAAAAA